AUGUGGAAACAACCUCCUCUGGCAGAGAAAAUGGGCCAGAAGGUCUCCCAGUAGGACAACCAGGAGAACAAGGCUGAAAUGCUGGUCAUCUGUGAAGUCUUCAGCCAAGGUGUGUUCUAUGCAUCUCAAAGGCUGAAGGACUAUCUGGGUUUCGUGGAUCCUCAAAGCAAAUUUCAGCCAGCCACGAACACACUGAGCGAGAUCUUCCUGGUCAACUUCAUCGUCUUCUGCGUGGGAAAGGUGAUGGCAGAGCAGAUCAUGACCAGCAAAAUGACCAAGCAGCAGUCCUCCCUGUUGGACUGGAUCUGGACUCUGUGGGGUUCCGACAAACAGAUCAAGAUGCAGAUCCCCAUGCACGCUUUGCAGCCGGCUGAGCUUUCCAUAGUGACAGCCUUGCAGGAUUGCUGCCGGGAGGCUGGUCUGGUCAAUGAGUGCUUCCAGAACACGAGCAGGUUUGAGAAGCUGGCCAAGUUCUGCCGCCUGGUGGGACAGGACUGCCUGGGCUUGUUCAGCAUGUUUGGCAUGCCAGGGACGCCCAAGGACAUCUGAGGAGUCUUGCUGAACAGAGUUGCCAAGGAGGAGCAAAAAUGCCACCUGUUGGGCAGGAAUGCCCCGCGGCAAUUUGCCACCAGCACUGACAGCUCCCUGCCCACAAAAGACAUGCUGGAAAAUUGCCUGGACACCAAAAACAGGCUGAAGGAUGUGGGCAAUGUGUACUUAAACUUUGUGUGAGCAGCUGGGCAGGAGCAGCAGCUCCGUGCAGCAGCAGGGGCCAAGUGAGGCUCAGCUCUGCCCCUCUGUCUCCCCUCCCCACACUCCAUUCCCUCCACCUUCCCCUCAAUCCAUCAUGUUCUCUUAGCUCCUGUAGAAGCCAGGCUGAGUCAGCCUCUCCAGAUUUUAAAACAAACAGGAUGGAUCUGGCAGAAAAAUGCAUUUAUAGAAGGCACAAAGUUUUCCCAGAACAUUUUGUUCGCCAGACAUUAAGUUUUGGCUGGAGCUGCUGAAAGCUUUAUCAGCCAGAGCUCUGGGGAGGUCCUGGUGAAUUUGACUGAGAGUCUUUGUUUGCAGUGUGGCAGACUUUUUUUCUGUCCUAGGAGGGUGAGUCUGUAAUAAUGGAAAUGUGCUGGUGCUUGUCAGAAGAGUUGCUAUGAGUGUGAAGGACAAUACCAGUGAGCUGGUUUCAGUUAAGAGGAAAAGCCCUUCCCAGUGCCAGAAAUUUCUCUUUCUCUGAGAGAGACUUAUUAAUUACCUGCUGCCUAAUUGGUGCCAGGCUCCACAGGGCCUUGGAGCUGUGAACAAAAGGCAGGGCUGGAGCCAACUUCAAAGCUUUUCUCACUGAGUGGCUGUGUCAGGGCAAGAUGUGGCAAAAGCCAGGGGCAGGUGUUCAAGAACACUUGGGAAAAAUCAAGCCACAGGGACAAAAACCAGGCCUGAUGUAGGUGGGACCUUUUCAUAGCAACAGAGGCAACCCCUGACCAUUCACAGCAGAGAGCAAAUCUGGAGGAGGCAUGAUUAUGUCACUUGGAAAAUUUUUUCACUAGCUUAGCAGCUGAUGGUAUUUAUGGGCUUGAUUUAUUCUAUUUCCUUCAGCUUAUACUGUACUAAGGCUUUGGGGUUAUAGAGUUAUAAUUACUUGCUUUAACUAGUGAAGGACAACCUGAUCCAUAUUUAAACUGGUAAACUCACUUUGGUUAUAGCUGUCUGAAUAGUCUUGUCAGUCCAAAACUCAUCUGCCACUAAUCUUCAUAUAAAUUCAGUCAUUUAACAGAAUAAAAAUAAUACUGAAAACACA